AUGGCUUCCGAUAAUGAAGAUCCAAUCGAUACAGCAGAUUUGGAGAAUCAGUGGUAUAAUCGACAAAUAACUAAAAUUAACCUAGCAGAAAUUUAUAUCCACAACUAUGACCACAAUUUGAACCACAUCUAUAAUGAAACCUGCCAUAUGAAAGAAAUUGAAGAGUUGAACACCGUAGAAUUCUGGAAAGACUUUAUAGUUGGAGUCGAAGAGUUCUACACUAACAUUAGAACCUAUUUUAACAACCCCGCUGGUUUCAAAAUCACACAGGGAUACAUCCACAACCUAGAAUAUGGAAAUGGUCCAUAUGCAAUGGAUGACCUUAAAAUCCAGCUUGUUCUCCUUGAUGAAACCGUUGUUGGGUUUAUCAAAUCCAGAUCCCAAUUAAUUGACGAAAUUUGUGCUUUCACUGGUAACAAAACCGCCACUAUGAAAGAUGUGUAUGAAUACUUCAACUCCAAACGAACUCUUACUUCAGCAGAAACGUGCUAUGAGCCAGAAGAAUUGGUCAUGAAGGAUGCUUUGAGAAUUGUCUUUGUUACAGCAAUGGGAUUCCGUCGGCAAACCUUAUUAUGGAUGCUUGCGUUAUCGGAUGAAAUUAAAAAGAAAAAGUCUGAAUGCUUUCAAUUCUUAAAUUCGAUCCCAUUUGAAUUCAUCUUGGCUUAUAUUUCCAUGAAGCAAGAUAAUGACGCCAGUGGUGGGGUCCUUCGAGGGUAUAUCCCAUUCACAAACUUCCUCGCUAACGAAUAUAUCCUUUAUAAAGAAGAUAAAGAGGCAUACAAGAUGAAACCAUUUGAAACGGUACAGUACUUGUUAAAAACCGAUCCUGAAGUUGACUCGCAACAUUUCACCAAUCUUGGUAACGUUUAUACUGGCAAAAGGGCAACUUUAAGCCAAGCUCUAGCAAGCAAAACUCACGACAAAAGACCAGAAAGAUUUACCGAAUCGCCUCCUUCAUUUGCCAAAAGAAAGUUGCAUCUGAGUUUUGAACGAGCAAGCAAAACUAGAAGAAUUGAAAGACCUUCAUUCAGAGAUCGGAGCAAUAUUCCCUAUAGUAGAGUUCAUACUCCCCUGGCCGGAUGUGAUAGGUAUAUGCCAAGGAUUUCGGAAACCAAUUUGAUUCCCGUGAAUGAAAAUAGAUUUAAACUGCGUCCUGUUGGACCAAGGGACGAUACCCCAAUAGGUUCAUUGAGUCGUCCAACUAGUCCAAGAGAAAAUAGUCCACUUGCUCCACCAACUCCGGUGUCUUCUAUUGCCAACUUGGACAAUAUCCGUUGGCCAGAGCGGGAUCCUGAUACUAAGAAACCAGAGACUGUUGUCACGAGUAGCAUUUACCCAAAAUCCAACGAUGAAAACGAGACUCCUCAUCUCCCAAUUGCACCAAUGGACAGAAGACCUAGUGUUGAUGUUAAACCAUUAAGUUACAAAGAGAUUAUCCAUAAAUAUACUCGCACUAGUGAUGGAGCUACUAUAGGUAGUAAUCUUUUAGGAUCUUCUUGUGGUAAGAAAAAUAAAGAAGUUAUAAAGCUGGAUAGAGAACAGCCAGAGGAAGACAUAAAGGUUAUUGGUAUAUUGGAAGAGCAUAAAUCAACCAGAUCAGAAUCUACUCAAAAGGAAUAG